AUUAAAUCUCUCUGCCUUACCCCCCCCUAAAACCCUACAUUCCUCAAACCUUCCUUCCUCCUCCUUCAAUGGCUUCUUCUUCCAAAUUCAACCAUAAUUCAUGCAGCUUUAAUGUCCUGCCUGUUCUGUUCAUAGCUCUGCUCCUUGUUGCCUCCACUUCUGCUACCAGACCCGGGACAACGAUGAACUUGAACGAGGACGUCUCCAUGGGAGGUUAUAAAAAGGACCUGAAGACAAGCUUUGAAUAUCGAGGAAAGUUGUUCAACUUCUUCCCCAAGUGGGUACCUAUUCCUCCUUCUGGACCAUCCAAGGGACACAACAGCGUGGUCGAUUCUGUUCCCCCAAAUUGAGUACCAAACACCGACUUUUGGUAGUUUUUUUGUUUUUCUCUUUUCUGGGUUUUUGUAGAAAGGGUUAGAAGAGUUCUUUGAUUUGUUUUUUGGAUUGGAUGUGAAUCAAGCCAGAGGAGAUCAGAUGGGAAAGAAUGGAUCAUGGUUUUUUGGCUUUGGAAUUGGGAUUCUUAGUUAUAUACUGUAUAGAAAUUAGGAAGGAUUGUUUCUUUACAUUUAUUACUAUUCAUUUCAAGAUGAACAAGAAAUCUGUAUACUCUUCAGAAUGAUUAAUGAUCAAGUUUU